CGCACGCUCUCUCCCUCAGGCUUGUGCAACCAGCAGAAGGAUCAAACGAGGAGAGGCGGCAGGGGAAUCAUAGGCCCAGUGUGGGCGGAGGCAGGGAGAGAAGGAACGAGAAACUACAAGCAGAGGCGGCUGCUGGACCGAUAGGCCCGCCGGAAAUAGGAGGCGGAAAGGAAGGAUGGCACCUAAGUUUGCCGAAGACACAGUCACGCUCUGGAGGGUACGGCGGACCAUCCUCCAGAUGCUGCGGGAUCGCCACUAUAACGUAGACGACUCGGAGUUGAAGAUGAACCUCAACGAAUUCGCAGACAGGUUCGGCCAGAGCGUCAACAGGGACGACCUCAUCAUUAAAGCCCCCAAAACCGACGACCGAAAUGACCAUAUAUUCGUGUUUUUCAUUGGCGAGGCUAAGGUUGGGGUGAAGAUCAUGAGGGCGUAUGCUGAGCGGAUGAGAUCGGAGAACGUGCUUCGGGGCAUUCUCGUGGUGAGGGAGCAGCUGACCCCUUCCUCCAAGCAGUGGAUCCAUGACUUCAACGUCAAGUUCCAUAUGGAGGUCUUUCGAGAGGAGGAACUGCUUGUCAAUGUCACUGAGCAUGACCUUGUCCCUGAGCAUGAAGUGCUUACUAGUGAAGAAAAGAAAAAAUUGCUUGAGCAUUAUAAAGUGAAAGAGACACAGCUUCCUCGCAUGCUAAUCACCGAUCCUGUUGCCCGAUACUUUGGCAUGAAGCGUGGACAAGUGGCCAAGAUAAUUCGCAAGAGUGAAACUGCAGGGAAGUAUGUCACAUAUCGCUGUGUUGUCUGAGAACUAAAAUGCACAAUUCUCCCACUAAGUAAACCAUUCGUUCAUUUUGUGGACAUGAUAUAGAGUGGUUCUAAUUGAGAGGUAUGAAACACCAAAUUUGAGUGUAAUUACUAGGUAAUCUUAGAUUUUCCCAUUUGGGAAUGUGCAGAUUUGUUGUGCUUCAAGAUUUAAUUAGGAUGUAUGAGAAACUGCUCCCUCGGGCUGCAACCACAGCUAACAAUUUUGUGUUGGCAGAUACCUUUAGGCAAUCUUUCCUGGAAGAUAUCAGGAUAGAGUCAGCAAUUGAAAGGGAGCUAAUUUUUGGCAA